AGACAGUCGUGUCCCCCGCCCCCACGACACUUUGCCUGAGUUCCAACCUGUUUCCACUUCUAUUUACUGUCCAAAGUCCCAGGGACAGGAGAGGCCAGGUUAGAACCACUUGGACACUCAGACACACGGACUCGGGGCCCUCGCCUGGGCCAGCCCUCCUGGUACCACCUGGCCCACUUUUCCGGGGUCUAGCCCCUCCUCGCCCUGGGGCCGGGCUGCCUGAGGGACCCGGGCGUCAGCCCUCCAUACCCCUGACAGACCCAACCCAGACGGUAGCCUCGAUGUGCUCGGGUCCUCCACCCACCCCCCCCCAUCAGCCUCUGCCCAAAUUCACAUCUUAGCUCAAGCUUCAGCCCGAACUCAGCCCCAGCCCUCAGAGGAGCCUCCACCACCCAGGCUCCAGCCCUGCACCCAGCAUGGCCAAGGACUUUCAAAACAUCCAGCAGCUGGACUCCGAGGGAAACGACCACCAGCCGGGUGGAGGGGAGGGGCCGGGCCGUCAUGGGCACAACCCCAGGAGAGAAGACCCCUUCCACGCAGGGCGCCCUCCUCGCCCGCCGUGGCUGCUGCAGCGUCUAUGCUCCAGGCUCCGCCUCAGUCUGCUCAUCCUGGGCCUCAACGUCCUGCUGCUGGUGGCCGUCUGCGUCAUCGGGUCCCAGAGAGCCCAGCUUCAAGAGGAGCUGCGGAUCCUGAAAGAGAACUUCAGCCACUUCUCCUCCGGCGUCUUCACGGAGAUGGGCGCUCUCAGCUCGCACGGGGGCAAUGCCAGUGACCUGCUGACCUCUCUGGAGGCCAAGCUGGAGAAACAGCAGAAGGACCUGGAAGCAGAUCACGCCACCCUGCUCCUUCAUCUGAAGCACUUCCCCGUGGACCUGCGCAUCCUGACUUGUCAGAUGGCCUUCUUCCGGAGCAACGGCACAGAAUGCUGCCCGGCCAACUGGCUGGAGUUCGAGGGCAGCUGCUACUGGUUCUCGCGCUCCGGGAAGACCUGGCCGGAGGCCGAGAAGUACUGCCGGCUGGAGAACGCGCACCUGGUGGUCGUCAACUCCAGGGAGGAGCAGAAGUUCAUUUCACAGCACAUAAACCCCUUUGAUGCCUGGAUAGGUCUCACGGACAGCGAUGGCUCGUGGAAGUGGGUGGAUGGCACGGACUAUAAUCAUGGCUACAAGAACUGGGCCGCCACUCAGCCAGACGACUGGCAGGGCCACGAGGUGGGAGGAGGCGAAGACUGCGCGGAAGUCCGCUCCAAUGGCCGCUGGAAUGACAAUUUCUGCCAGCAGGUGCAGCGCUGGGUGUGCGAGAUGAGGCAGAACAUCACGGGUUAGAAGCCCCGCCCCCUGCCCCGCCCCCCAGCUCACCGGAGGAUUUUGAAGAAAGG